UCUGCCUUUGUUCAGUUCAAUCAUUGAUCAGCGGUGGAGCGACCGUGGAGCAGCACAGCCUCUGUGUUAGCCACACCGAUCUGGGAUCAGCACCGCGGACAGCACUGAUGUUUACACGCGCUAGCUUUUCUGUAUAUUUUUUUUUUUUACUGUUUAUCAUCCGCGAGACUCUUCCGUACUACUUACAUGUACGGAAACUUUUAAUGCGCUUCUGUGUCUCUGUUCUUUUGGACGUAGACUGUAACUUUUUUCAACCAGCUUAAUGUUUUAUGCGGUUUGUGUCGACGGCCGUUGCGUUGCUGCUGCAUCUUUCAGUAGGCUAAAAUGCAAUUCUUGUGAUAAUUUCACUGUUUCUUGGGGGAUUUUUGGACGCUUUGCAUGCGGGGAAGUUUCAUUAGCUAGCCGGAAAGUUUAUUUUGUGCACAUUAGCUAACAUAUAUAUAUAUAUAUUUUUAAUCAUAGGUAGACUGUGCGUUAUAAGUGAUAGUGUACUAUAUAAGCAGGUUUUUUUUGUCUUACGCCGGUGAUGUCGUGGGCACAAAAUGUCUCUAAUUGUGGAUAAUGUGGCAGAGGGAGCUAAACUCUGUAGCAUCUGAGCUGGCGGGUCGGCAAGAGGAGAGCGAACAUUCCCACAAGCACCUGGUAGAGCUGAGCAGGGAGUUCAAGAGAAAUGUCCCUGAGGAAGUCCGGGAGAUGGUGGCACCUGUUCUCAAGAGCUUCCAAGCCCAGGUGGUUGCUCUGAACAAGCGCAGUAAGGAGGCCGAGUCCGCGUUCCUGGGAAUCUACAAACAGCUUAUCGAGGCCCCAGAUCCGGCUCCUGUGCUGGAGGCCUCACACACUCUGGAGGAAAGGCUGCAGCAGCUGCAGACUUCGGCCCCAGACGGCGAGGCCCUCGUACGAGAGAUCAGCGGGCACUGGAAGAAACACCUGGAGUGCCUUGACAAGACAGAGCCCACAGACGAUAGUCCAUCAGUCCCAGGUGCACCAGUGACAGAAGAAUCUGCAGAGUCCACUUCUCCAGACUCCCUGAUGACCCCGAACAGCACACCGGCUCCUGGGGCCCCGGGUUCUCCACAGCAGAACCACCAGGAUCAGGCUGAGGACCGCAGGGAGGAGGAGAGCGCUGAUGUUAGUUCACCUGACAGACUAUCAGAGGCUGAGGAGAAGAUCAAGGCUCUGCAUUCAUCUUUGAACACUGCGCAGACUGAGCUGCUGGACCUGCGGUGUAAAUACAACCAGGAGAUGGCUAACAAGGCAGAGGAGGUCGACGCCAUCAUGGCCAAUCUGGAGAAGGCAAACCAGAGAGCGGAAAUGGCCCAGAGGGAAGUGGAGAGGCUAAAGGAACAGUUAGCCAGCGCUACCACAGGGAACUGCCAUCCAGCAGAGGGCACUAGCAGGGAGAAAAAUGAGAAAGGUGAGGUGUCGCCCUCUCAGCUGGAGGCUGCCUUGCUGGCUAAAGACCGUGAAAUCCUCCGGCUCCUCGAGAACAUUCAGCGGCUGCAGUUCACGCUGCAGGAAGUUCAGGAAACCUCAGCCAAUCAGAUCAUAGAGCUGGAACGCCAGCUGGCCUAUAAAACAGAAGCUAUUGAGAGAUUAGAAGCUAAACUGCAAUCCCAGAUGGACUAUGAAGAGAUUAAAACUGAACUCAGUAUCCUAAAGGUAAUGAAACUGGCUUCGGCAAAUGGCAGCUCGACCCAGGAUUCUGCCAAAGCUGCAGAGGCACUUUUGCUGGAUAAAGAGGCCUUUCUUCCAUCUCACAAAUAUCUGGUGGAUAAGGCACGACUUUUGCACAGUAACGAUGACGACCAGUCUGAGGAUGCAGGCAGGGAGAUGGGCAGACCGCCGGGGUCUCACUCCUCUUCCUCUCAGGUGGACGGCCGUGCCUCCCCCAGCCCCGGCCCCCCCACUUUGGACAGCUCCUCCUCCAGCCACGAUCUCCCCCGUCCGUUUUCGGUGUCGCCGUGCUCCGGGGACCGACUGUCAGGAGACCACAUCCUCCACAAGCAGCUCCUCUCCCCACACUUUAAAAAAGAGGGCAGCGGUCUCAUGGCUUUCCCCACCGCCCUCUACGCAGCCAAAGUCGCCCUCAUGUCGGCCACGCAGGGGUCCGCGGGUGCAGGCAGCGUCGACGCCGGCCUGCCCAGCGACCAGUCAGAAAGCGGCAGUUCGACAGCAGGAGACGACGACCAACUGGACACGGCAGAGAUCGCCUUCCAGGUGAAAGAGCAGCUGCUGAAGCAUAACAUUGGGCAGCGGGUGUUUGGCCACUAUGUGCUGGGCCUCUCCCAGGGCUCCGUCAGCGAGAUCCUGGCCCGACCCAAACCCUGGAGGAAGCUGACUGUGAAAGGCAAAGAACCUUUUAUAAAGAUGAAGCAGUUUCUGUCCGAUGAGCAGAACAUCCUGGCACUUCGGACCAUCCAGGUCCGCCAAAGAGGGAGCAUCACUCCGCGCAUCCGAACUCCUGAAACUGGGUCAGACGACGCUAUUAGGAAUAUCCUGGAGCAGGCCAAGAAGGAGAUCCAGUCCCAGAGGGGAGGUGAUGGCAAGUCGUCUCUGAACAGCUUAUCAAGCAGAAGCAGCAACGGUGCAGGCAGCAGCUCAGAUGAAACCAUAAAGAGCAUCUUAGAGCAGGCCAGGAGGGAGAUGGAGGCCCAGCAGCAUGCUCUGAUGGAGAUGGAGGUCUGUGGGAGGGCCUCGACCGCCAGCACCGGGGCCCAGGUGGAGCGUCUGGGGCCCCCGGAGCGCUCCAGAGGUCUGCCUUUACCCAUCUCCAUCAAACAGGAGGAAGGGGGCUGCAUUAAUGUCUGUAUGGCCAAUGCCAUCAGCAGCCCCCAGACCCCUCUGAGCGUCCUCUCCCCCGCCGCUUUCGUCCAGAACAUCAUCCGCAAGGUCAAAUCUGAGAUUGGCGAAGCGGGCACGUACUUCGACCAGCACUGGUCUCAGGAGCGCGGGGUGAUGGGACUUGGCGGAGGCAGCUCUCGACCCUUUAAUUCCGUCUCUCCCUCCUUGUCUUCCUCCUCCUCGGGACCCUCCGCCUUGCCCCGACCAUGGCCCCGCCUGGAGAACGGCGAGGGUCUCCCAAACAGCGAGGAGGCGUCUGCCGCUGAGGAUGAGCUGGUGCUCGGCCGGCCAGUAGAGGUGAAGGUGGAGUCAGACACUUCGGUGAGCGGUGAGUCCCCGGGCCCCGGUCCUGGACGGCUCUCCUACUACCCAGCGUACAUCCCCCGGGCACUGAAGCCCACUGUACCACCGCUGACUCCAGAACAGUAUGAGAUGUACAUGUACCGCGAGGUGGACACCCUCGAACUGACCAGGCAGGUGAAGGAGAAACUGGCAAAGAACGGCAUCUGUCAGAGGAUUUUUGGAGAAAAGGUGCUGGGGCUUUCUCAGGGCAGCGUGAGUGACAUGCUGUCUCGGCCCAAACCCUGGAGCAAACUGACCCAGAAAGGCAGGGAGCCCUUCAUCCGCAUGCAGCUGUGGUUACUGGACCAGCUGGGCCAGAGCCUCAGCCAGCCUCCGAACCAGGUCCAUGCUCAGGAUAAAAGCCCAGUUACAGCCCAUUCGUCACCUUCCCCGCCCCCCAGCCCAGCUGACAGCCACCCCAGUCCACUGGUUGAACCGGUCAGCCUCUCUCUGGAGAGCAGCAAAGAGAACCAGCAGCCUGAGAACCUGGGCCUGGGUCUGCCCCCCCACCCAGAGGGAGGGAAGUCCACCCCCAGCCUCAUGGCCCUGCACCAACCCACUAACCCACUUGGCAUCCAGGAGCUGGUGGCCAUGUCUCCAGAACUGGACACCUACGCCAUCACCAAGAAGGUCAAGGAGGUGCUGACGGACAACAACCUAGGUCAGCGUCUUUUCGGGGAGACCAUCCUGGGUCUGACUCAAGGCUCGGUAUCUGACCUCCUCUCCAGACCCAAACCUUGGCACAAACUGAGUCUGAAAGGCCGUGAGCCAUUUGUCCGCAUGCAGCUGUGGCUCAACGAUCCUCACAAUGUAGACAAGCUGAGGGCUAUGAAGAAGAUGGAGAAGAAAGCCUAUCUGAAGAGGCGGUAUGGUCUGCUGAGCACCGGCUCAGACAGCGACUCGCCCAGUACUCGUUCUGAGUGCGUGAGCCCGGCCUUGGCUUCCCUAGACCUGUGUCCCUACAGUCAGGUGAAGAAGCCCCGGGUGGUGCUGGGAGCUGAGGAGAAAGAAGCCCUGAGGAAGGCCUACCUGCUAGAGCCCUACCCCUCUCAGAACACCAUCGAGAUGCUGGCGUCCCAGCUCAACCUCAAAACCAACACGGUCAUCAACUGGUUCCACAACUACAGGUCCCGGAUGCGGCGGGAGGUGCUGAUGGAGGGUCUCCCAGACAACGACACAGAUGCUGAACACCUCAGCUACUCGCCAUCAGUGACACGGAGCCCCCACUCUGACGGAGAGGAGAGGAGGCUGCAGCAGCCCUCAGGACAUAUCCACUCCAGCCAUCCUCUCAGCGCCAACACCACUCUGCCUCACGUCAAGCAGGAGGCAAUGGACAGGGAAGAUGAAGGCGACGAGGGGCGGGACGCCUCCGGGAAACAGUCGAGAGUUCAGUGUUUUUCCACAGCGGUCCAGUUUCCGCCGUUAAAAAAGGAGGAGGAGGACUCUGGAUGUCGCGAACCCCGCUCGAGGCAGGAGGAGGGGAUCAGCGGCCAGACUCAGGGGCUCUACCCUGGCUCCAUAGACGGACCCCAGAGGGCCAACCAGUCCAGGCACGAGGGGGAAGACUCCGGAAAGUCCCCCGUCGACCCGGUCAGCUUCAAGGCUUCAUCAGAACCGUGUCGCAGCAGCCUGGAGGUCUCCCUCAACUCCCCGUCGGCUGCGUCCUCACCCGGCCUCAUGAUGUCAGUGUCUCCCGUCCCGUCCUCCUCCGCUCCAAUAUCGCCAUCUCUGCCCAACCCACCCUCAACCAGCACCAAUCACAGCCUGGACCCCAACCCGCUGCCCCCCUUCCAAAGCCCCAAACUUAACAGAAGCACUCAGAGACGCAAUGAAAAAAUGGCCAACCUCAAUAACAUCAUCCACAGGUUAGAGAGAGCAGCCAAUCGAGAAGAAACACUGGAGUGGGAGUUUUAAGCCCCCUUUUACUUGUAUGUAGUCCUGAUGACCCUUGCCGCAUGCAGGAGAGUCUCAAACAGAAGCUUCCGGAAGACGUGGAGUGGAGCCUGGCUCCAGAAGGCCUGUCCUCUCAGACUCAUAGCAAAUGGGAAUGCACAGCUACACAUAUGGCUGAAUUCCCUACAAGAACUUAAAGAAUUAAAAAAAGUUUAUAAAUGUGCAUUUUUUCUUUUUUUCUUUCUUUUUUUUUGAUAAUGCAUACUUCUUUGAAAUAUAUGUGACAGCGCUAGCUGUUGUUUUACCUAUUGGACUUGACAUGAAGACUUUUGCAGCUAUGGUGUCAUAAAAUGUACACUGAAGUUCUGUAGAUUGCCACUGGGUGAGAUUAAAAAAAGACCCCUGUCUUAAGCCAUUAAAAGCACUAUAACUAUUUGAAAAGAGACAUUGACCAAAUUUGCUACUUUUUGAAUAGCAAUUUUUCAGAUUUUGUCUGUAAGACUGGACAGUUUAAGUCAAGUAACAUGAAAUCCUAUUACUGACUGAGGGAUAGUCCUUUAAGACUCUAAAUAUUCAACAUCUUGUAUGUACUUAGUUUCUUGGUGAUAUGUUUUGAAAUAUUUGUAACUCACACGUAUAAAAUGUGGUUGUACAUGUUGUAGAAUUGUCUGCAAUAGCCUUCUCUAAACCUGAUGUAGCAUGGUACUCACCUGACCCUGUUAUCCUCUGUAGUUAGUCACCUGUGGUUAUAUUUGAGCGAAAACAUGAGAAAAAAAAAGUUGAAAACCCUGCAAAAAAUAAGAAAAAAGGAAACGUUGAAAUCUAAUGAGUAGUUUAGUGUUUUUUGUUUUCUCUUUCCUUUGAAUAAUCCUUGAGGUUUACAGUUUAGGGCCCUUGUGCUUGUGGUAGUAAGUGAAACAUUCACUACACGAGCACAGUUUACAUUAUUUCUUUCAGACUUACCUCUCUGACCCUCUAAGGCACUGCUUUCUCAGACUGUAAUGGGCCAAGACACAGGACACCUGGUUUACCUCAGAUUAUGUUGACGCACAUCAUGCUAUGACCACGCGUUUCAUUUUAUGCAUACACAUGACCCACGAUUAUUUGAAUAAAUGGAGGGAGAAUAUUCUGUAUCAUGCCUCAGACAUGAAGAAUCAAGGACGAAGCAAGUGGAAAGAUGUAAUGAACAGGACAAUUAAGUCUGUCGCUGUUCGGAGAGACAGGGAGCGCACGAUUAAUCUGUUUGUGUGUUUAUGAACACCUGAUUAGUGCACUUUCUCUAAACUGGUGUCAUUUACUGUAGCAGGAAUAAUGCGUAAAACACCUCAACCUCGAAGCUCUGAUACUGUUUUAAGCUGCGUAUUUUUCAAGCAGUUGCUGUGAACGUGAAUUCGCCUCCUAUGGGAUUGAGUCUCAGUGUUUGAGUGCAUGAUACACAGGGUGCGACCCCUCGUCAACAUGAAAACAUUCGAUUUGUAAGUACACUAUAUUCAAGAACACAAAAAGGUUACAGGUAUCCCCUCAUAUUAUCUUUGACCACUUGUGUAUUGUGUCUGUAGAAGUUUCUUUGUCAUGCUUGCAAAAUGUUCUUUAUGUAUUUUGCCUCUAUUUUAUACUCAGAACAGUUAACUAGAUAUUCAAUACCUCGUGUAUGAACUACUUACAGCACUUAGAUUUUGAUAAUUGUGAGGACUCAAGAAAAUUUCAGAUAUCAACAUUAUCCUUACUUAGUGUCCACAAGUCUUUGCCUUUACUGUAUCGUUGAAGUUGGUAGUAAACACUUGCACAUGUCUACAUAGUUCAGAGGACUUGGAUUGUAUUAUGUAGAGAUAUAUAUUACACGAUUACUAAAAAUAAUAUCUUACAUUCUUGGAACAAAAUGUGCUGAUUAUAUUGAAAUAGAGUGUACAGAUUUAAUAAACCAAACCCAUUCAAGCCAGUUCUGGUCUGGCAAGCUUGCCCACGUUUUAGACCUUCUCUCAGGGUAGUCUUGCUUUUUAAAGCUUUACUGAAACAGUUGCUCUCAUCAUUGGUGGUUGAUGACGAUAAAGCAUUAUGUGGUGUUAGAGAAUGCUCCGUUAUAUAUUAAAUGGACCUGUGGAAGUUGUAUGUAUAUGGGAAUUGCAACUUUUACAGAAAGCAGCGUGUUGUCGGAGAGUAGUUGCUGUUUUGUAAUUCAUUACAUGGACGUGUCAAAGUACAGUGCUGGUUGGAACUACCACGAUGAGGCUAAUGGGUUGCAUUUUUGAGAUCAGUAGACUUUGCUCUCUAAAAUACUGUUUUUGUUUCUCUUGGAGCCACAGAAGAUUUCUCUCUGGUUUUCGUACCACCAUUUUUUGUGCAUAAUAUACUGUAUGAUUAGAAGUGGCAUUUCUUUUGUGGAAAAUUUCAUUGUCUUACAUGGUAACAUGGACAUAUGACGGAAAAAGAAAUGUAUUUACCCAGACCAUUAUCUCUUCAUGUAAAGCUCAUCUCAUUGUUUUGCAUGCGAAUCCAUCCUGGUCACAUGAAAAGGGAUAGACUGUGUUUUUGUGUUGUUCUUGCACAGGGACAUUAAAUCAGCACUUCAGUCUUUUUUACAUCAGUGAAGUCCAUGCAUGGUGCAGCUGAUAAAUUUGGCUCUCACGAUAUCAUCAUGAAACCAAUCAAAUCAGAACCCAAUGAAGACCCGGGAAACAUCACAAGGAAAUACUUAAAAUGAGGUUUUUUGUGCCAUAUCAUUUGCCUCAUGCAUUAUACCACAGGAAUAAUGUCAUGUGGUGAAGUGUGAUUUGUAAGGGGUGUAGGGCUUUUUAUAGCAAAGCAAAGCUUUUUCUAAAAAGAGCCCACACUUAAGAUGGUUUUAUUUUGUAAUUGACAUUUGUCACUAAAUUGGUCGUCGAAAUUUGAAUGAUUGUAUUCAGAGUUAUUAAUAUGAAACAUGACUCUGACACUGAGGGUUUAUCACUAAGAAAUAGUUGUUUUUCAUUUGAAAGUCAGCUGUGAGCCAAUAAACAGAAGUGUCCUGCAGGCGUAUAGUAACUGUCUGAAGCCUCACAUGUCAGGCUGUUAAACAUUAAAGACUGGACAAAGGUAUGCCAAGCGUCUUGGAAUUGAAUUUGCAUAUGUAAGCCAUCAUUCAAUACAUAAUUGUUUAAGACUUU